GCCAGUCAUCGAUGGUUGCAUGAGUAGUUAUUUUUCAAUUUUUGUUCGCAAAUUUGAGUGAAUAUUUUCAUUGAUAAAACUGUAUAUUUUGUAGAAAAUCGCGUUUAAUUUUCAAAUUUCUAUACCUCGUCUCUCGUUCAAUCAUCCUAGCGUACCAUUGAAUGCAAAGAUGCCAUCAUAUAAAGUUAAAGUAAAAUGGGGCAAAGAAUUGUUCAACAAUGUCGAAGCAAACACCGACGAAGAACCGAUCCUAUUCAAAGCUCAAUUAUUCGCCUUAACAGGUGUCCAGCCAGAACGACAGAAAGUUAUGUUGAAAGGAACCACUUUGAAAGAUAACGACUGGGGUAACAUCAAAUUAGCUGAUGGAGCUAUGGUGCUCAUGAUGGGUACCAAAGAAGAAGAAAUAGCCAAAGAACCAGAAGUGAAACCUGUCUUUUUAGAAGAUAUGAACGAAGCUGAAUUAGCGUCGUCGCUCGAUUUACCAGCUGGUUUGCAUAAUUUGGGUAACACUUGUUAUAUGAACGCUACUGUUCAAUGUUUGAAAUCUGUUCCUGAAUUGAGAGAAGCUCUAAAUAAUUAUAAAGAAGCCAUCAGUUUAAACACUAACGAUGAAGUAUCGAAGUCGAUAGUUGCAUCGUUUCGUGAUCUUGUUCCUCAAAUGGAGAAAGGUCCUGCCAAACACCCGAUUAUUCUAUUGCAAAUGUUACAUACCGCGUUUCCUCGAUUCGCCGAACGAGGUCAAGGAGGCACUUAUAUGCAGCAGGACGCCAAUGAAUGUUGGACCGAACUAGUAAGGAUAUUGCAAAUGAAAUUACCACCUUUACAAAAUAGUGAAAGUGCUGCUAAAUACAAAUCAUUCGUCGAGCAAUAUUUCGGAGGUAAAUUUCAAGUCGAAUGGAAAUGUAACGAAAGCGACGACGAACCAGUUACGAAAACUGCCGAAGAUUUCUUACAGUUGAGCUGUUUCAUUUCUCAGGAAGUAAAAUACAUGCUGAAUGGUUUAAAAAAUAAAAUGCAAGAACAGAUCACGAAGCAGUCUGCUAUUCUAGGAAGAGAUGCUGUGUUUACGAAAACGGCUAAAAUUAGCAGGCUUCCGGCCUAUCUUACUAUCCAGUUCGUUAGAUUUUGUUACAAAGAGAAUAAUAAAAUAAACGCGAAAAUCCUUAAAGAUAUCAAGUUUCCUUUUGAGUUCGACGCUUAUGAUCUUUGUUCAACGGAACUUCAAGAAAAAAUGGCUCCUAUUCGAAAUAAAUUCAAAGAACUCGAAGAGCAAAAAGUGACCGAAGCUAUGAGCGCCGAUAAUCAAAACCCCGGUUCUACUUCCAAAGUUGUAAAAGAAUACACAACGGAACCAUUUUCAUUUCCCGAUGACGUCGGUUCGAAUAAUUCCGGUUACUAUACGUUACAAGCGGUGCUUACGCACAAAGGUCGAUCUAGUUCGAGCGGCCAUUACGUUGCCUGGGUUCGAUAUAAGGAAGACCAAUGGAUAAAAUGUGACGACAGCGAUGUUACUCCUGUCACCACUGAAGAAAUCCUCAAGCUUUCCGGAGGUGGAGACUGGCAUUGCGCUUACGUCCUUCUUUACGGUCCUAGAUUGCUAAAAGUACCUAAACAAGGAGACGCUAAAUAAAAACCGUGUAAAUCUCUCCUCGUUACCAUUCUAGUACUCGAGUCAGUCUCGAAAGCUUUUAGCUUAUUUGAUCGUAUGUAGAUAAUCCGCAAAGGAAUGUUUUAAAGACUGUUUUCCCAUGUAAAAAGUCGCUAAUCGAAGGAAAUUAAAUGAAAGAAAAAACGUAUACUGGACCAGAUCAAUGUAAUAACAAAAUAAAAAUUAAUCAUCUUCUCAAUUUGAGAAAUAAAUUACUUAUAUCAAAAUGAAAAUACAACUACUCGAUGAGAUCAACGUAAAAAAAAACCAUCUCUUCGAUGGAACUUAUAAAAUACAUUACAUUUUUAAAGUAAACAACAACUAUUAAUAAGCUCGAUAUUUCAUUUCUCCUCAGCGAGCUAUCUUAUUGAAACGAACCACAGCGCGACAUCUUUCUUUGUUCUUUUCUCUUCUUUUUUUUUUACGUAAUUUAUACAUUUUAUGUAUUUUUGUGUUAUUUAUAUAAAGUAUCGAAUAAAUACAAAAAUUAAGUUAA